CGGCAACGACGGCGACAACGGUAAACGCUCAGCUGACUCUCAUGUGCUCGCACGCCGGAACAGCCAACAACGUAAGUAUUUUCAAACUAUCGUCGUUACAUAACCCCCCCUCCCCCCUCCUACUCCACCCGCCCCCGAGGGCCCCUCGUCGUUUUCGUUUCGCGACCGGUCACCGGUCAUUAUCGUAAUGUUUUUACACAGUCAUUAUUGUCAUUACCACCUGUCCGCCGCGUCUGACCGCGGUCGCGUACGCGCGACGCGUUUCGUUUUUUCCGCGUCCGAGAGUUUCCAAAUAAACCGCCGUCGACGGUUUUCCCCCCGGGGUUUUUCGUCGGUUUUCUUUCUUCUUUCCCCCCCUCCCGUCCUCUUCCCGCGUCGCUCACACCGCCGGCCGCCGACUGUUGCGUACAGAGAUUAACAUCGUUAUUUUUAGACGCGGGCGCGGAACGCACGGAAUUUAUAAAAAUACAUCCGCGCGUUGAAUUCCCGCGAACUCGACCGAUAACGUCGCGUUCCUAAACCCCGGGCCAACGCGAACAAUAAUAUGCCCGAUUGAUACGACGCGGAACCGCGUGCCGGUUCCGAAAUACGAUAUACCGGGUGAGUGAUAACGGCGGUAUUUGAAUACCGACCGGCGUCAUUUAUUCCGCGUCCGCCGGAUGAGGAGAACGGGUACGGUCACCCGGACGUCCAGGCCGGGACACCGUUCGGUAUUUUAUUUUUUUUUUUCGCGCGUUUUUCGUCCACGCCGCCGGGCCGAGAGUUUUCUCGUCACCCCGGGCGAUUUUCGCGGGCGGCCGCCCGGUACCGAUUGUCGCUGCCCGUGCCGCCGCAUUAACGCAAUAACGUGUUCGUGUCGUGUUUAGCGCUCGGCUUUUUUUUUUUUUUUUUUCUCCGCGUUAAUCGGUUAGAAAUGCGUAUGAAUCAUAGCGCAGGUAUAGAAACGCCGAGUGAAAGAGACCGAGCGGGAGGGGGAAAAAAAAAAGAGAAAAAACCGUGAGUCAUUAUUGUUACCUUGCGCGGCACACUUAUUACUGUACGCAGGUUGUACGUACGCCGUCGUCGUGCAGAGCGAUUUGCGAUUUUUAAUAAAAAUACCUAAUAUAAUUAUCCAGUGUUCGCGUAUGCUCGCAUACACGCGCGCGCACCCCUGCGAUAAACCGCCGUAGAAAAAAAAAAACAAAAAACAAAAAACCGUAAUUAAUUAAAAAUCGUUAUUUUCGUUUCGUAGAAAAAAAAAAAAGUGAAACACGUAGGUAAGUAUGCGUACUUAUUAUUCUUAUUAUAAUAAAACACGUAAUAACACGCCGGGCAAUCGAUAACCGUAAAAACAAAAAAACGCGGGGACCGGAAAACGCGCGCGCGCCGCCGACGGCCACUCGUUUUUUUUUUCCCCGCGGCGGAGAGACGAUGCGAUUUUGUCGGCCGCGACCUUGACGGCCCGGCGACACCGCGCAAUAACGUCCGCGAUUGCCCGCGGCCCGCGGUUUUCGCCCGAAAAUCAUCCCGUCAAUCGGUGGACGCGACGUUCGUUAGAUUGCCCGGUUGUUGCCGACACCGCCGCGGCCGCACGCGAAAUUAACCGCGCCGUUAAACGCAUUGUUAUCAUUAUCGUCAUUAUUGUUAUUGUUACACGGCGGGACCGGUGCGCGUCGCGUAAAUUACGCGGAUCGUGUACACGAGCGCGCGUGUGCGUGUUGUACACUUGUCGCGGCGGGCGGCCGUGCGGGGAAGGGCGCCGCGCCGCCGUCACCCCCCCCGUCCGCGGUCAACGGAGGGACGCGGGGCGGCCGCCGCCGUCGAACGCGUUGCCGGCCGGCGGCACGGCCGGAUAUCCCGCGCGCGACGUUUUAUUAAUUAUCGCGCCACAUUAUUGUCGUCGUCGUCGUCGCCGCUGCCUACGCGUUUGUCUUUCUCACUCACGUUUCACCCAAUAUGCGUUUUGUUUUUGUCGUUUUCAGCGCGAAUCGUAAUCAUGGAAAUGCAGAUUAGCAACGCGGCGUCCGAGUUCCCGUUGUACCACUCGAUGGCCGCGGGACCGCACUCGUUCCAGCUACCCGGCGCCAUACCGCCCGUCAGCACCAUACCGUCGUACAAGAACACCAUGUUCCCCGACCGGCUGAGCAGUUUCUAUUACGACUCGGCGGGCCUCACGCACCCCAUGCCCCCGUCCGAACGGUGCGACCGGUGUCUGAUCGAACUGUCCGUCGCGAUCGGCGGCGCCGGCCACCACUUUGGCAAAAAACUGUGCGGCAUGUGCGCGGCCAAGGAACAGCAGCAGGUGUCGCCCAAGACCGAAAUCCUGGACCUGGACUCGCAGCAAGUCAUGUCGCAGCAACAGCAGCAGCAGCAACAGCAGCAGCAGCAGCAGCAACAGCAACAGCAAGACACGACCAAGGCGUUCUCGCAGCACGUCGUGGUGCCGCAAGGCUACGACAGGUCCUCGUUACCGCCUCCGCCGCCGGCGGUAGAAUGGCCCGGCUACUUUCAGCCCCAGCAGAACACGCUGUCUGGCGAACACCUGUCGCCCGACUACAACAACGUGACCACCACAACCACCACACCCCCGACGAUGAUGGGCGGCUCGCCGCCGUCAGACAUGCAACAGCAACAGCAACAGCAACAACAGUACCAGGCCAACUUUGACGGCGGCGGCGGCGGUUACGCCGUCGAUUCGAACCAACAGCCCGGCGGCGGCGGCGGCGGAUCGGGCACCAAAGGCAACGGGUCGUGGAAAUCCAACGAGGCGCGCCGCGCCAAGACGUACGAGUGUCCGGCCUGCGACAAGUGGUUCACCAGUUCGGGUCACCUGAAACGGCAUUACGGCACGCAGUUGCACAAGAACGCGGUCAAGCAGAGCGGUAAACCGGAUCCCGCGAUUUUACCGAUGAAACAUCAUUACCAUCCGUACCGAGACCCGGCGUACGUGGCGCAACAGAAGCUCAAACAGCAGCAGCAGAACGGCGGCGGCGGCGGUCACAAACAGCAGCAGCAGCAGCAGCAACAGCAGCAGUCGUCCAUGAUGCAAAUGCCGGCCGACUUCCGCCCGGUCACGUCCACGUCAUCGUUCAACACCGAUUCUUUUUUAGAGCUGACUCCCCCAAACCUGACAGCAAGCCUCUCGGACAGUUUGGGGGGAACCCAAUACCUGCCGGCCCGUCGGCCGGUCAGCAACAGCAGCAGCAGCAGCAACAGCAGUACGGCCGGUUUCACGGACGCGAUUCCAAUUUCUUCGUACCACAGCAACAGCAACAACACGGCGUUGUACCCGGCGGACCGUAUGGUGCACCGCCUCCCGGCCACGUUGUACCGCGGCCACCAACAGUCGACGGUGGCGGCGGUUCAACAAGCGCGUUCGGCAUACCAGCACCGCCCGAACACGGAUACCAUCCAUCCAUACACCACCCAAGUUUCUAUGACCCAACCAAUUACCAACACGGAUUCGUACAUCACUAUGCACGACAAUAACGGCGGCGGUAUAACCAGACAUCUUUACGAUCAUCAUCAGCAUAACCACCACCAACACCACCACCACCACCAUCAUCAGCCGCCGGGAGUUUACCAUCACGCGAAACAGGAAGAUCGCCGUCAUCUGCCGCCGGGGGUUUACCAUCACGCGAAACAGGGAGAUCACCAGCAGCAGCAACAGCAACAGCCGCCGGGGGUUUACCUUCACGCGAAACAGGAAGAUCAUCAGCAGCAGCAGCAACAGCCGCCGCCGGUGGCGUACCACUGCGCGAAACAGGAAGAUCACCAGCAGCAGCAACGGCCGCCGGUGGCGUACCACCGCGCGAAGCAGGAAGAUCACCAGCAGCAGCAGCAGCAGCAGCAACAGCCGCCGGUGGCGUACCGUCGCCCGAAGGAGGAAUAUCAGCCGUCGGCGUCGCCGUAUUCGCUGCAACAGCAGCAGUACCACAUGCUGCAGCCGUCGUUGUUGAACAUCAAAUCGGAACCCGUCGAUUACGAGGACGCGUCGAUGACCAGUCCGGACUCGAGCAUUAUCGAGCAUCCGCAACAACAGUAUAAGGGCCUGUUGGUGGUGACGCCCAUAUCGUCCACUCCGCCGCCGCCGCCGCCGCCGCCGCCGGCACAUCCGCUGCAACCGGACGACGACGCGGCCGUCAGCGAGAGCAGCGGCGGCGGUUCCGUGGAUCUGGACAACAUGUCUUUGCCGCCGUCGCCGCCGUCGGCCACCAACAAAAAGUUGCGGAAGACCACGCGCGUGUCGUGCGAACUGUGCAACAAGGACUUCACGGACAAGUGUUACAAGACGCAGCACGACCAGCGGUUCCACAGCGGCGAGAAACCGUACCGGUGCGGCCUGUGCGGCAAGCGGUUCGGCGAGCACAGGCAGCUGGAGGUGCACGAGCUCCGGCACAACGACAGCAACAAGGCGUUCCCGUGUACCGUGUGCACGAAAAGUUUCAACUUCAAAAACGACCUCGACCGUCACUUCAUGUCCAGCCACUCGACCGAGAAACCGUACCAGUGCGUGCAGUGCAAAAAGAAAUUCGUGCGGCUCGAUCACAAGCGGCACCACGAGAAGACGCACGGCGGCGCCGUGGACAAAACGAAAAAAAAGAGGAAGACGCUGCCGGACGACAUGUCCGACGUCAUCUACGGUCAGCCUCACCGGCCGGACGAAGACCAAUCCUAAACAAUAAAAACAUACCUAGGUAAUAUAAUAUAUUCUGUAAGUAAUAAUAAUUUUUAAAAAAAAAAAAAAAUAAUAAUAAAUAUCGCGUUUUUUAAGCAAAGUAAACUCGCUCCGAUUUCGACGCGGUCGGUGUGCGGGAUUUCGUUUUCGAGUUUUUCUUUCCGCCGGUCGUUUCACCGAGACCGCGGGGCGGUUUUUUUUUUCUUUUGUAAUUUGUGUGCGUACAUGAAAUUUAGGAUAAUAAUAAUAAUAAUAGUUUUGUUUUCGCAUUGAACACACAAAAAAAAAAAAAAAAAAACCGGUCGACCGAUUUCGACGAUAUCGCGAGGAGUAAUCAUCACUUGUUACAAAACGUAAAUUGGUUUUCUCUUUUUUUUUUUU